AUGGGCACUUCAAAUAGCUGUCUGACAAUAUCAUUUAAUAAUUUCCACUCAUUAUGUCGUCGCAGUUCAAUAUCAAAACUAAAACAUGACUAUCAAGAACCAAAUUAUAAUAAUGCAAUUAAUAUAAAUCAUGUAUCAGAAGAUGAAUUGUUACUAUUACCUGGUAUAAAUCGACACUUAGCACAAAACAUAAUUCAAUAUCGACAAAACCAUAAUGGUUUUAAACAAAUCAGUGAACUUUUACAAGUUAAUGGGAUAACUUCGAAUUUACUUAAACAUAUUUAUGCUGAUAUAACUAUUGAUUCAUUUUCUAGUUCUUUAUCAAAUACUAAAAAAGAACUUAUUAAUCUAAAUUUAGCAUCAUAUAAUGAAUUAUGUUCAGUAGAUGGUUUAACACCAAAUCUUAUUAAGCGAAUAAUUCAACAUCGAAAACGAAACGGAUUAUUUCAUUCUAUUGAAGAUUUACUUAAAAUAAAAGGAAUUGAUUAUAUUAUUUUAGAAACAAUUCGUCCUUUUGUCACUGUUGGUGAUCAACAAAUUAGAAUUUCUAUUAGUAACCCUUCAUUGAAUAAUCUUUAUUCAAUAUUAAAAAGAAAUGAUAAUAAUGUAAAAGAUACAUUUUCACCUGUUCCACAUAGAUUAGAAACAUUACCAAUUGAAAUACAAACAACAUUUCUUUCAUUACCUCCUUCACGUCCAUCUGCCAUUGAUAAUAAUAAUAAUAAUAAUAAUAAUAAUAAUAAUAAUAAUAAUAAUAAUAAUAUGAUACAAAAUACUUUUCGUUUUGCUUCAUGGAAUUUACAACAAUUAACAAAUGAUAAAGUACAAAAUCCAGAUAUUAGAGAAGUUAUUUGUCGAGUUAUACUUGAAAAUAAUUUUUCAUUAAUUGGUAUUCAAGGAAUUGAAAAUAAAGAAUCAUUGGAUUAUAUUAUACAAGAAUUAAAUAAUCCAACUAUUCCAUCUAUUAAAAAUUGGUCUAAUCAUCGCCAGGGAAAAUGGAAAUCUAUUACCAGUGAUGUUUCUGUUGAGAUAUUACAAAGAACUGAAUAUCUUGGAUUUCUAUAUGAUGAAUCAAUUGGUAUAGAAUUAAAACAAGCUUCAUUAUUACCAUUUAAAACAUAUUUUACUCAAUUACCAUAUAUUACUAUAUUUCGUAUAUUUAAUAAACUUGAAUUAGUUUUUGUUAAUAUUCAUUUAAAAACAAAAAAAUCACAUGAAGAUAAAAAUCAAGAAAAAAAAGAUGAAGUUAGAUCAUUAUCAGUUUUAGCUCAAGCUAUGAAGAAUACGAUUGAACAAAAACAUGUGAUCAUUUUUGGAGACUUUGAUAGUAUUCCAACAGCUUCAGAAUUUGAAGCAUUAAUUAAAUGUAAUUACUUAUAUGUUAUUCAACAAAAUACAGAUAUUAGUUUAAAAGAACCACAAGGAUCAAUUUGCUUAGAUAAUAUUUGGCUUUCAGAGGAAGCGAAAAGUUUAAGUACAGGAAACUCGGGAAUUAUUCGUGAUGGUCUUACUAAUAUUUGGAUUUCAAAUGAUUGGACCUUAGGCGGUUUAGUAAGUGAUCAUUGUCCAAUUUGGAUGGAACUCGAUUUAUCUUAA